UAGGUAAAUAUCCAGCUUCCACUUCCUUCUCCUUUAUCAACAAAACCACACGCUGUCAAGGAGUCAUAGGUCCUCCCUCCCAUGAUGACAUGGUUGGUAAUGAUCUCUUCCUAUUAAAGUGCAAGAGCUAUCUGAGUGUGUUUACUCAUCUCACCCAUUUGCUUACAAGAAGAAACCCCUUCAAUUCCCCUCAAAGUUUGGUUUUUCUGUGCAUUUUAGUCAUCAAUGGCUGCAGCUUCAAGUGAUUCCAUACCCUCUGUAAACAAGGCUUGGGUGUACUCAGAAUAUGGAAAGGCUGCAGAUGUUUUGAAACUUGAUCCCAAUGUUCCUGUUCCUGAAAUAAAGGAAGACCAGGUGCUCAUCAAGGUGGUUGCUGCAGCUCUUAACCCAGUUGAUUAUAAGAGGAUGUUUGGGUAUUUUAAGGCCACUGACUCUCCUCUACCUACGGUUCCCGGGUAUGAUGUUGCUGGUGUGGUGGUGAAGGUGGGAAGCCAAGUAACAAAGUUUAAGGUGGGGGAUGAAGUAUAUGGGGAUCUCAAUGAGAAAGCUUUGGAGAACCCAACAAGGUUUGGGUCUUUGGCAGAGUACACUGCUGCAGCAGAAAGAGUUUUGGCUCUCAAACCCCAAAAUCUGAGUUUUAUUGAAGCUGCUAGCCUUCCCCUGGCUAUUGAGACUGCCUAUGAAGGGCUUGAACGAACUGAAUUUUCUGCUGGUAAAUCCAUUCUUGUUUUAGGAGGCGCUGGGGGAGUGGGAACACAUGUUGUUCAGCUAGCAAAGCAUGUUUUUGGUGCUUCAAAAGUAGCAGCAACUGCAAGCACUAGAAAACUGGAGCUGUUGAGAAGCUUGGGUGCUGAUUUGGCUGUCGACUACACCAAGGAGAAGUAUGAAGAACUGCCUGAGAAAUUUGAUGUGGUAUAUGAUACAGUUGGGGAGUCUGAUAGGGCAGUGAAGGCAGUGAAAGAAGGAGGGAAGGUAGUGACAAUAGUACCAGGUCCAGUAGCAGCAGGGGCCUUCAUAUUUAUACUGACUUCAACUGGGACUAUAUUGGAGAAGCUGAAGCCAUACUUGGAGAGUGGGAAGGUGAAGCCGGUGCUUGAUCCCACAAGCCCAUAUCCCUUUUCCAAGACUGUUGAAGCAUUUGCUUACCUUGAAACCUCCAGGGCUACAGGGAAGGUGGUUGUGCAUCCCAUCCCAUAAGAAAGAUGGAAGAGAUUGUGCAGGCAGGCAGGCAAUCAGUCAGUUUGUGGGUUAUGUAUUUCUAAUCUGCUGGUUGUGUAAACCUAGUGUUGUAAUAAUGGGGAUGUGAGAUGCUUAUAUUUUAUAAUAUGAAGUUGGGAGUUUUGGAUAUGUAUAUGGGCUGACUUGGGGAAAGUAAGAAAAAAAAAAGAAAUUAAACUUUUUUCCAAGUGCAUUGUUAUGUUCUAUGACAGGAUUUGUAACUUGCUAUUCUCGGGCCUAGUUUAUAAAAAUUUAACUACAUAAAAAGGAUAAUUUCUUAGU